AUGUGCAACGUUAAGGUAAGUUUUUAAAAUUUUUUACAAAUUGUAAAUUUCGAAAAAAAAUUUUUUAAUUGUUAAAAUUUUUAAAAAUUUCGAUUUUUAAAAUUUUUUUUUUUUUGAAUAAAAAUUUUUUUUCAGGUACUAUUCGGAGUUGCAGUCUUUUUAAAAGGCUUAUUAUAUGUAGCGACGGGGACGUUGGGCUUCUUUGCCAACCAUGACUUACAUAUUAUGAUAGCCAGUGGUGUUUUGAUCAUAGUAUCAAUUGUUCAGCUAGCCACGGCGUGCUUUAAACACCCUGGAAGCAUUGCGUUUGGCGCUAUGUUGUUGGUAAGUAAACUUAAAAAUAAAUUUUAGUUUUUAGAUUUUCUAGCCCAAGCCCUAGCUCAGGGCCCUAGUCCAGAAUUUUAGUCCAGAGCCCUAGCCCAGAGCCUUAUCCCAGAGCCCUAACCCAGAGCCCUAGCCCAGAGCCCUAGUCCAGAGCCCUAGCCCAGAGCCCUAGCCCAUAGCCCUAGCCCAUAGCCCUAGCCCAUAGCCCUAGCCCUAGCCCUAGCCCUAGCCCAGAGCCCUAGCCCAGAGCCCUAGCCCAGAGCCCUAGCCCAGAGCCCUAGCCCAGAGCCCUAGCCCAGAGCCCUAGCCCAGAGCCCUAGCCCAGAGCCCUAGUCCAGAAUUUUAGUCCAGAGCCCUAGCCCAGAGCCUUAUCCCAGAGCCCUAACCCAGAGCCCUAGCCCAGAGCCCUAGUCCAGACCUUAGCCCAGAGCCCUGGCCCAGAGCUUUUGCCCAGAGCCCUAGCCCAAAGCCUUAGCCUAGAGCUCUAACCCGGAGUUUUAGCCUAGAGCCUUUAGCCCGGAGUUCUAACUCAGAGCCCUAGCGCAGAACACAAUAUUAUUUUGUUUAAAUAAUUCUGUGCUCUUCAUAAAGCAAAUUUUAAAGUUAAAAGGCACAGAAUUAUUUGAACACUCUAAUAUUCGUUAUCGUAGUAUGUCUUAUAUCAACACUAGUCAUGGUUGAAGCUAAAUUUCGCUUAAAUUUCAAAAAAAAUUUUCAUUUCAAAAAUUUUUCAAAAGUAAAUUUUUUUAUUUCAGAGUUUAGAGACCUUAUUAUUGACUGCAGCUUUGGGUUUUUUGAUUUACUGCAUAAUUGACCUGCCAUCGUGGUGGAAGGGCUGGAUUGACGAUGAGUUCACAGAGUUGUGGGACGUUGAUUGUAGGUUUUUGAACUACCUUUCUUACUUUUAACCGUCAUUUUAAUUUUGAAAAAAAAUAAAAUUUUUUUUGAAGUAGAGCACAGAAUUAAAUGAACGCUUUAAAAGUUUUUACUAUGAACUUUACAUUAAUUAAAACUUUACAAGAUAAAAACCCUAAUUUCAGACCUAACCAACCACCAAGACAUCACAAUAUACCUGGCUGCAGUAGUACUAGCUCUACUAUUACUAGCACUGUUCAGUUUGAUUACAGCCAUUGCCAGUUUUAUUCAAGCUCGUCGACAUUUACGACGAACCUUGCCAAUUCAAAUCGCGGCCGAAUUUGCUCAAAUGCCUUACACGACGUUAGAUGUGGAAGGCCCUGAGGUCGUCAAACUUUACAAUGUCAAAUUGUAA